AUGGCAGCAACCAAGGAACGCAGCGGCCUUGCCGUUGGCACCAACAAGGGCCACAAAACCGAAGUCAGAACUGUCAAGCCAAGAGUCAGCAGAACCAAAGGUCACUUGAGCAAGCGCACUGCUUUCGUCAGAGAGAUCGUCAAGGAGGUUUCUGGUCUCGCACCAUAUGAGCGUCGUGUUGUCGAGCUCCUCCGUAACAGCAAGGACAAGCGUGCCCGUAAGCUCGCGAAGAAGAGGCUCGGUACAUUCGGCCGUGCUAAGGCGAAGGUCGACGAGUUGCAGCGUGUUAUCGCCGAGUCGAGAAGAGCUGGUCACUAA